AUGUUGCAAUAUCCUGAAAAGAUCGAUGCCAUCGGUAUUACUGACCAAGCCGACUGGAAACACCCCAAGAGGGUUGCAUUUCAACCACGUAAGUUCGGUGAAACCGAUAUUGAUGUGAAGAUUGAAUGUUGUGGUGUGUGUGGAUCUGAUAUACAUACUGCUGCUGGUAACUGGGGUGAUUUGCCAAAACCAGUUGUCGUUGGUCAUGAAAUCAUCGGUACUGUUGUGAAAAAGGGUCCUAAAUGUACCUCUGAAUUUAAAAUAGGCCAACGUGUUGGGGUUGGUGCACAAUGUCACUCCUGUUUGAAAUGUCAUCGUUGUGAAAACAAUAAUGAAUCUUAUUGUGACAAAUUGGUCACCACUUAUGGACAAUUCUUUGAAGAUGGUUAUUGUUCUAAAGGUGGUUACGCAUCCCACAUUAGAGUGCAAGAACAUUUUGUCAUUCCAAUCCCAGACAAUAUCCCAUCCGAGUAUGCAGGUCCAUUGCUAUGUGGUGGUAACACUGUCUUCUCCCCAUUAAUCCGUAACGGUUGUGGUCCAGGUAAGAAAGUCGGAAUCUUAGGUAUUGGUGGUAUUGGUCAUAUGGGUCUGAUAUUUGCCAAAGCACUAGGUGCAGAAGUAUAUGCCAUUUCUCGUAAUUCUAAGAAGAAGGAAGACGCAUUCAAACUAGGUGCUGAUCACUUUAUUGCUACUAAUGAAGAGCCCGACUGGGCUGAAAAGUAUUACGAUACUUUGGAUUUGGUCAUCGUUUGUGCAGGUUCAUUGAAGGAUGUCAAUUUUGAAAAGCUACCAAAGAUCAUGCAAGUUGGUGGUCGUAUUGUCUCUAUCUCUGUUCCAGAACAAUCAGAAAAAAUCGUGUUGAAUCCAUUUGGUCUUAUGGGUGUUUCUAUCUCAAACAGUCAUUUGGGUUCUAUUGAAGAGAUUAAACAAUUAUUAAAAUUGGUUUCCGAAAAGAACUUAAGAAUAUGGAUCGAAAAAUACCCAAUUAAUGAAGCCAAUGUUAACGAAGUAUUCGAACGUAUGGAAAAAGGUGAUGUUAGAUACAGAUAUGUAUUCACAGAUUAUGAUAAAGAAUUUAACUAA